AUGCCGAAGAGCGGCAGCCGCGUUCGAGCUGGGUUUGUGUGGAAGGCAGAAACGGCUGGGCACCACGUUCGGGGAGCCAAAUCGUCCCAAAGGGGAUUGGGGCCAAAGGAGAUUGGGAGUCAGUCCCGACCAGCCAAUUGGUCCGCUGUGGCACAGCCUACGACUUCGCCGAGGAUUUGCAGAACGAGCAACCGUGUACCGUUCAAUGCCCUUGCCAGUUUCAACAAGGAUUACUCGAUGACAAGGGCCGCACAAUAUCCAUCUGGUUACUCUCCUCAAGCGGGGAAAAGGGUUACUUCACUGGCCCAAGCCAAGGGUUGGUACUCCGGUCGGGGCAUCCCUCCAGCUCUCCCAGGGGCGCGAGCCGAUUUGCCCACUGCAGAGGCCAACGACGGCGGACUCGAUCCCGUGGACUUGGCCACAGCCGCCCACAGAGCCGAUUUAGUCGGGACCAACGCGACGGUUACAGGCCAUGCUCUCUGCAAGGCACCACCUCUCAUAAAAAACGAAUGCAGGCCGAAAAGAAGUUGA